GUCGUAUGUACCUAUUGAACCGGACAAUGUGUUUGAGAGAUUGUUUUUAAUAUUAAUAAAAGUGAAACCAAUAUGAUACAAAGUUUGGAAUGCUGAUGUUGCCUUCUUUUUAGCUGAUGUUAGUAGUUAUUAGUAGUAAGCGAAAAUGUCGAAUAAAACUUACAAUGAUUUACUUUGCACCACUUCUGAGCUGUUAGCUGAAGCUACACAAGUCGACGAUGCAGUAGCUCAAGCGGGUGCUGCUGACAGAACAACUAUACAACCAAUACUUUCAGAAAUCAGAAUUAGAUACACUAUACUUUUGGAGAAACUAGACACGAUUUACGACCAACUGAUACAACCACAGAAGAGGAUAAUAGUAAAAAGGCUACUCGAGGCAUGUUUGGGAAGACUGAUCGAAAUAAAACAUGAUUUGAUUGAGCUACACAUAUCAGAUUUUACAUUUGAUGAUGAUGAAGCUUUGGAAAAACUUCAAGUUACACCUUUCGAAGCUGAACCAGUUAUUCCACAAUAUUUUAUUAGAGAAAGAGAAGAGGAGGUGCAAAGUAGAAGGCAGUUCGUUCUAGAAACUUUGAGGAAAUUAGGACAUGAACCUGUCAAACCUGAACCAUUGGUUCUUACCGAGCAACAAGCUGUUCUUAUCAUACAGAGUCAUGAGAGAGCUAGACAAGGAAGACUGAGGGGACAAUUUAUGAAAGAAAUAAGACUGUUAAAAGAGAAAGGUAGAGAUCAAAAAGGCGAGAUGUCUGCAUCAGCAGCUACUGCUAUUCAGAAAGUUUGGAGAGGUUUCCUCGCAAGAAGGCAAACUAAGAAGAGAAAAAGAGAUGAACAACUUUUGAUUGGCAUGGAACUCCCACCUUUCACCCAGUCAACGGAGAUUAAGAAAGCUGAUGAGAUCAAAGAUUAUAGAAGAAAUCUACAAUUAGAAAGAGAUAAAGAAUACCAAAAGGCACUUAUAGAAAUUGAAGAACAAUUAAGAAUUCAAAACGAAUCCAAGAUCAAUGAACAAAUUGGUGAUGAAUUAAGAAGAUGGAUAACAGAAUAUUAUGAAAGAACUGGCAGUUUACCAGAGUUCCCUUCAGAGGAAGGAGGGGGUAGUCGAGCCAUGUAUAGCCGUCAAGGAACUGGGAUGGGUAGUGAUUUGAGCAAAUCAUCUCCCGUCUCAUCGAAGGGAUCUAAAAGAAGUAAAGACAGCAAGGACAAGAAGAAUGGUAAUGGUGAAGAAAAUAAGGGUAAAGAAGAAGAAGAGAACAUACAAAUGUUUAAAUGUAGCACUUCAGCUUUUUUGCAAGAUAUUGUUAACACUAACGAAGAAUUUGAAGACAUUUGGAAGUUCAAAGACAAUGAUGAUCCGCAUGACAGAUUCUACAAAGAUGUUAUUGAAAGGGACAAAAUAGUUAAAAUUGAACAAGAAAUCAGAAACGUUGUUGACGAAUUAAUGAGGAGUGAACUAGAAUUGCUUCAAGCUGCAUACGACAGAGACAGAGCAUUUAAAGGCAAAAAAGGAAAAAAGCCACAGAAAGCACGUCGCGGGGGUAAAAAAAGUAAAAAGAAGAAAGAGAAAGACUUGACUCCAGAUCGAACAACCGAAUCACUUUUUGAAGAACUAGUAACAAAUGGUAUAAUACGUCCUUAUCCUAUAUUGAAAAUAGAUGAUUACAUUGGAGAGAAGUGUUACGUUGGGUCCGAUAUGAGAAAACAGGGUCUUGAACCUACUCCAUGUCUUGGAGAUAUAAGACAGCUGAUCAAGGAAUUCUGCAUACUGCCUCUCGGGUCGGAACAUGUGAGAAACAAUGCUCCUUUAGUGAGAUCAGUUUUAAUAUCAGGUCCUUCAGGUAGUGGCAAGAAAGCGUUAGUACACUCGGUUUGCAGUGAGCUAGGAGCCGUACUAUUUGAUUUAACUCCAGCGAAUAUAGUGGGAAAGUACCCUGGGAAGUCUGGGCUAAUAAUGUUGAUACAUUUAGUCAUGAAAGUAUCAAGAUUACUCCAGCCCUCUGUUAUAUGGAUGGAUGACGCGGAGAAGCCGUUUGUGAAGAAAAUUCCAAAAACUGACAAGACUGAUCCGAAGAGACUAAAAAAGGAUUUAGUGAAAAUUAUAAAAGGUAUUUAUCCCGAAGACCGAGUUAUAUUUAUUGGAACCACACGAAGCCCCUGGGAUGCUGAGCAGAAACUCUUAUAUCAAUGCUACAACAAAAUGAUCCAGAUACCGAGACCUGACUAUGGAAGCAUAUCGUUAUUUUGGAGAACCAAGCUCCAUAGAGCUGGUGCAUUGUCUCCGAGGUUAGAUAUAUCGUGUUUGGCAAGAGUAUCUGAUUCUUAUACAAUUGGCACUCUUCUAGCAGCUCUCGAUACAGUGCUGACUACGAAAAGACGUCUUCAGUUACGUAUAAGAGCAUUAACCGCCCAAGAAGUAGCGGUCCAGCUGAGUUCAAGGGAACCGGUUUACGCGGAACAGGAUGCCGCAGCAGAGACGUGGUGGUAUAAAACACCGAUGGAGAAGCGAAGGCAGAAGGCGAUACAACGGCUUGAAGAACUUCAACAACAAGGGGAGGAGAAUCAGGCUUAACAACUUUACACGGAUUAUGUGUAC